GCCGCCGCGCUCAUGUGACGCCGCGGAGGGGCUGCCGCCGCCGUUCCCGGCCCGCUCCUGUCGCCGCCGCCGCCGCCGCCAUGGGGCCGUCCCCGCUCGCUCUGCUCCUGGCGCUGGGCGCCGCCGUCGCUGUCCUGGCCGAGCCCCUCCGCUUCGCUGACUGCGGGUCCAAAGACGGCACCAUCCAGGAGGUGAACGUGAGCCCCUGCCCCACGCAGCCCUGCCAGCUCCACAAAGGGACGUCCUACAGCAUCAACGUCACCUUCGCCAGCAAGAUCGAGAGUCAGGGCAGCAAAGCAAGGGUGUACGGUGAGAUGCUGCAUGUGGACAUACCCUUUCCCAUUCCUGAGCCUGAUGGAUGCAAGUCUGGGAUCCAGUGCCCCAUUCAGAAGGGCCGUUCCUACAGCUACCUGAAUAAACUCCCUGUGAAGAGCGAGUACCCCAGUAUUAAACUGAUUGUGAAGUGGGAGCUAGUGGAUGACCAAGACCAGAUGUUGUUCUGCUGGAAGAUACCAGUUCAGAUCACCAGCUGAGGGGCCCUGCCAUUAGUAGGGCUUGGGGAGGGGAAAACAGAAGACAACACAGGCCAAAUUUUUCUAUGUAAUAAGCAUUUCUUACUGCUUCUUUCAGAGCUCUGCAGCCUCUGAGCAGCCAGUACUCUGUUCCUGCAAGGUCAGCAGUGGCCAGAGAGCUUUUACCCCAUUUAGAGCCCCCCUGGGGCCUUCUCACAGCAGCUCAAGUGGGAGCAGUGUCUGCUGCAGGAGUGACUGAGCAUGUCCUCCAGCCACUCUGUGGAGGCACUUCAGUUUGAAAUGGAGCUGUCCGUGUACAUCGCAGAGAAAUUCCUUUGUGAACCUGGCUGGUGUUUGAGCUGCUACCUGGUAACCCUUCAGUGCCUCUUCUAGAACACUGGCUGCAUCCACCCUCCUGCGCUUCUGCUCCAUCGUGACUGGGAUGCCCCUGGGACCUGCAUUUGCCAUCCAUGCAGCUGGAGGAGAGGAGGCUUUCUGUCAGUUGGCAGCCUGCUCUGUCCUGGGCCCCUGCUUGAGCCAGCAGGACUGCAGCUGGGAAAAGUUCAUUUUUGUGGAUGCAAAGCCAAAUGGCAUUCUGUGUCUCUGCAGGGAUGAUUCUUUCUCUAACCAAUGGUUUGCACUACUACUAACUUGGAGCUGCUGGAAGCUCCUGAACCUCUUUUUAUAACUUUCCUUUUAAUAAAGUCUAGACAAAA